AUGAAGGCGGCCAUGGAUGACUUACUUACCGGGUGGCCCGUGAACGACAGGAGGCCGGGGAUGCACGGCAAUGGGGGGAACCGUUCUCCUUUGCCUAACAGGCAGGAGUUGCGCUCUGCCGGGUCUAACACGGGGGCGGGCCUGGGAAGGGCGCGAUUAUACGGCUGGCACCCCUCUCACACGUACCCUGAUGAGAGUCGUGAGAGGGGCCGGGCUGCGGGCCCGCGCUCUGGCGCAUCGGCAUUGCGGGUUAAGGAGGAAAACCGCCAGUUGCUGCAGAUGUAUUCACCGUACUUUUUCCCUGUGAGGCCGACUGUGGCGCGAGGAAGACCCGGCAGCAGGCACUCCUCUAGUGCUGCGUCGGGAAGCGCCCCGCGUCGUUCAUGCCACGCUUCCGCGGGGACGUCACGCAGGUCGCGCCUUGUUGCUCGGGAGCAGACGGCUUCAGCUCCUUUGCCAAAGGCUCUGCGGCCGGUGCAGAGUGCGGGAGGUGUUGGUUCGAGAGCUGUGACGCCGCCACGCAAAAUGUCUGAGCACCUCCCGCAUAGCCCCGGCGGGGCCUUCUUCCAUAGUCUCGCACACGCCUCCCAGCAGUGCGGUGGGAACGGCAUCGUCCUCCCUGUUGUGCGAUGUCAAUCUAAUAGUGGCGUCAUCAAUUUGGCCCCGGACGCCCACCCGCGAAACGGCAACGUCUACGGCGGUGGGGCCAUAGUCCAUCCCUCGGGAAGCGUAAAUUUGAUGAGCAGCUGUCGUUCCUCUUCCCAAGAGACUUCUAGCGUGAGCCCCGCCAGUGACCCGGCAGUCGUUCCUCCGCGUCAGCUAAUGGAGUGGGAGGCCGCCUGCGUGAUGGAGACGAGCGCGUCGCAGCGGUGCGUUGCGGUGGCGAAAAAGAUGGAGCAGCUAAAGAGUCAGGUGAACGAGGCCGAUGGUGCUCUGGAGGCCGUCAAAAUGCGCCAGGUUUCGCUUAAAGAGAAGAUGCGGUCGUUCGCCGAUCUGCAGCUGGAAGUGGGGCGAGAGGAGAAGAAAAGUAGGGAGCUGCGGCGUAUAGCGCAGCUGGCGAUGAGGCGUGUCGACAGCGCUCAGUCCUUGGAGGCAAAAAACGGCUUGCAUGGCGAUGCGGCCUCCGAUCCGGGGGACUGUGUUGGUGGGGAGCCGAUGUCGAUGGCCAGCCUUCUCCACCAGCGCGACACACUGCAGCUGGAGCGCGCAGCGCUCAGGCAGGCGGUGCAUGCGGCUGCUGCGGAAUCUCGUGAGAGAUCGACCAGCGGCGCCCCAAAUUCUCGCGUCUCGACCCGACUGCAUGAAGCCGAGCGGCGAAGGCUUGAGCAGACUGUCGCAAUCCUACAGGAUCGGGAGCGACGACUGAAGGCGCGAGCCCGGCUCUCCGGGCUGCGCGCAGAUCGUAUGAUGGGACAAGUUGAAGAACUUCGAGCCACAAUGCGUCAGAAAAAGGUGCAAGGCCUCAGGAAGGUUGUGGAGAGUUCCGACACCGCAUCUUUUCCUGGAAGCCUUCAGGACGUAACCACCACGACAAACCCAGUGGGGAGCUGCUUCAUCACAGAGUUGGAGGCCUGA